GCGCGAUCUAUCUUUAGCUAGCUAGCUCGCUCGACGCGACUCGAUCGACUUACUACUAUUAAACCAUGGACUAGUAGGUCCAUGAUUAAACUUUGGACACGGCACGCUAUCUAAUUUAGACGUCAAACUCUAAAUAACUCUUUAAGAAUUUGGCAAAAAUUAUGAAAUUCACGCUGAGUUGGUGCACUUCUUUUGUUGAAGUCUACCGGUCACCGUCCCUCUGACUCUGAGUCGCGUCUGUCCCGGGGUCUGGCCUGGUCAACAUGUUGAACGUGCUUGCGGAGAGGAGUUGGGGAAACGUUCGGCCCUCUCAGGUGUAUUGCGCCGAAGCUACCCGGCGGACAUUCCGGUUGCAGUUGAGCAAGCACCGCGAUGUUCAACGCAUUCAUUCCAGCGGAAUCAAUUCACUGGACAUAGAUCCUGUCGAGUUCAAAUUUAUGCUGUCAGGAGGGGCUGAUGGAGUGAUUGCAAUCUACGACCUUGAAUCUAUCCCAGAAGUCAAAGAGUUUACUUGUGAAGCAGUGUGCACUGUUGGCAGAUCCAAUCGACAUGUUCACAAACACAGCGUGGAGACAGUCCAGUGGUAUCCCAGAGAUACUGGGAUGUUCACAUCUAGUUCCAUGGAUACAACCCUUAAGGUCUGGGACACCAAUGCUCUGAAGCCUGCUGAGCGCUUCGUCCUGGGCAAGGGAAUCUACAGCCACCAUAUGUCCCCCGUGGCUAACAAACAUUGCCUGAUAGCUGUUGGAACAAUAGAUGCUCAUGCUUCACUCUGUGACCUGAAGUCAGGUUCAUCAACACACAUUCUGAAGGGUCACAAGGCUUCGGUGGUGUGUGUCCAAUGGUCUACAAAAGAUGAGUUCUUGUUGGCAACAGGCAGCCGGGACAAUAAGAUUCUAUUGUGGGAUAUCCGGCAAGCCAAAGGGAGUCUGAUGUCACUUGAUCAGCACAAUGGUGAAGUGGUCAAAGGAUCCUCCGCAGUUAGUACGGCACAUAGCGGUCAUGUUAAUGGACUUUGCUUCACAGAGAAUGGUCUUCACUUAGUCAGCUGUGGCACGGAUGAUAGGGUUAGACUCUGGAACACUAUGAAUGGCAAAAACACUCUGAUCAAUUAUGGAAAAGUGACUAAUAGCAUGCGUAAAUGCAUUGAGAUCUGCACAUCAUCCAGCGUCCAUCCCGACGUGGUGUUUAUCCCAAGUGGGAGUGACAUCGAUAUGUUUGAUGUAUUCAGCGGGGAGACGGAUAUCACCAUGAAGGGCCAUUACAACAAUGUCAACUGCUGUGUGUUUCAUCCUCUCUUCCAGGAGGUUUACAGCGGUGGAAAUGACAGUAACAUCCUCAUCUGGGAGCCUGAUAUGGGUCAUAUUCACUUUGAAGAACCACUGCCAAAGAAACAAACCGGUGAAUCGAGACCGAAGAAGUUCUCUGGUAGUGAGAUCAAUGUCACAGCAGACACCUGGAGCAGCAGCGAUGAAGGAGACUGAAGGUUGGGACGAAAAAGAUAUACCCUCAGAUGCUGUCCAGCUACAGAUUGGCAUCAGAUGCUAUGCAGGGCCUUGUCUUCCUGGUGAAGGUCACCUUCGUGCAGGGUAGAUAUUGAUGUUGAAAGUAAAUCACGUUUGAAGGUGAGGUGAAGGUGCGAUAACUGCAUUCCAGCAACAGACGAGCUUCAGCUAAGAAGUAGACUUUCAUAUUUGUGGUGAAAGUCACCUUGAAAAAGGAGAGAUCAUGAUCUUUAUAGGUAAAUCAUGAUUGGAAAUGAGGAGAAGGUGUGCCUAAGGCUGUCCAGCCGAGAAUCAGGUCUUUGUCUUCUUGGCUAAAGGUAGCCUUCAUACAUUGUAGAUAUUAAUCUUGUAAGGUAAAUCAUGAUCAAAGAUGACGACAAGGUGCAAUGACAUAGUUGGUGCUAUGAAUUAGGGCUCUACCAUUUUGGUGAAGGUCACCUUCAUAGUUUUUAGACAUUGAUCUUUAAAGGUAAAUAAGGAUCAAAGAUCUAUGGUGUAAUGACUGCAUUCCAGCUAUGAAUCAGGUCUUAACCUUGAUGAAGGUCACCUUCACCCAUGAUCAUUAGAGAUAUUGGUCUCUAAGGUAAAUAAGUUUUUUUAACGAGGACAAGGUGGAGUGACUGCAGACAGCUACAAAUCUGGUAUUUACCUUGAUGAAGGUUACCUUCAUGCAUUAUCAAUAUAGGAUAAGUUGCAAACUACGAAUCAGGGUUAAGUCUUUUUUUUUGGUGAAGGUCACAUUCACACAUUGUAUCUACAAUGUGAUCUUUAAGUUAAAUCAUGAUCAAAGAUUAGAACUACAGUGUAUGUGCAAUCACCACUCAAGUUAUCAAUCAAGCUUCAUCUUUUUGGUGAGAAGGUCACCUAGAUGCAUGGUAGAUGGUGAUUAGUUUGGGAAAAUCUUUAUGGUUACAGAUUAGUCUAGAUCUGCACGUUAGUAGUCUCAUAUAGUGUACACAAUAAUAUUCUUAGUCUUCCAUCUUUUCACUUCCCUUUGCUAACAUCCAGUUUAAUCCUUAUGAUUUUACGACUAUCACAGAAAACUUUGAAGCAAAGCAUUUACGUGAGUCCCUCGGACAUUCCCCCAAAAUAGCUUCUCAUUGGUUGCACACCACGUCAGUCACAGGGCACAGAGCGCAAUGUCAUAGUUCUUCCAUUCAGUGUGUAGAGGUCUGAACACACAUCAAUUUCAUGAAUAUUUCAGUAUUUGUACCCCAAAUUUGAUAACUUUAAUCUUGACAUAAAAAUAUUUUCACCCGCAAUUGUUCCAAAAGAAUGGAAUUCAGUGGGUAAGUUAGAAAGGUAUGAUCGCUGCGGACUAGUGCUGUAAUAUCACGGUAACUUUCAAUUCCUCUUUUAAUAACUUGGAGUCAAAACCGAGCGGUUUUUGGAUAAACAAAAACAACACACCUUUGCCAAAGUUGCCGCCUAUUGAAAGUAAGAACAAAGAAUACCAUGCACCAUACAUGCCGGGUAUCAGUUUUUAGGUGAAACGCAAUUUCCAUUCAUAGUUUAUCCUCUCACUUACUCCUAUCACUCUGUUAACGUGCUCAAGACUUUCGAUGUGCAAGUUAUUUCCAGGCGCAUGAUGUUUUGACUUUUGAAUUCGAUACAAUUACCCCCGGAUUAUGUCAUUACUUGCGAAUUAAAGGCCUACCCUCUCCUUGCAAAUGUGACAAGAAUAUGAAUUAAUUUUUUGAAAGAACAUAAGUUUAUGCUCAGAAAGUGUGUGUUGGCUUGAUAAACUACUGCGCUCUUAUAUUUAGUUGAUUGAUAAAAUUAUUUUAGAAUUAGAUUUGCUUUCAAAGUCUAACUCUUAUUCUUUAUUUAUUUAUUUCAACUUGUUAACUACAUUUUGUGAUAUCCCUCUCCUCCAGCAACGUACACAUUUUUUAGAUGAAUAUUAAGUAUUCAGCCUCUGAAGACUGAAAUAUAAAUUUUCAAACAAAGAAACAGGGGAAAAUGGAACUAAGAAUAUUUCUAACAACAGGUUGCUACAUUUUAUUAAGAAUUACCUACCAUAUUAUAGUGAAUAAGUAAUUUCCAAAAAAAAAACACAAGAGAAUUCUAUGCCCAUAAUCCUAGUUAGUGCCCUAAUAUAGCGCUGAUGCACUGUGGUCUUGAUUCAUCCUUGAUAAAUUGAUAUCAAUUUAUCAUUAAUUUACUGACUUAUUAUUACUUUUAGUACUUGACUUGUUACUUCACAAAUUAAACCUGUUCUUUUAUUCAACUUGUACAUUUGGUGACAUUUCUUGAAAAUUUAAAUGUUCACAACUGCACAUACUUACGACGAAAAAACAGAGACUUUGAAAGAAAAUUUGUUAGUCGUAUACCUGUAAUAAGGGGGAAAGUAACUGAGAAAAUAAUCAAACCACAUAACAAAAUAAAUAAUGUCUUAACGUUCAGUACCACAGAAAUUUUUAAAAUGAAAGGACAGCUUGGUCAUCUGUCAUGUUCCUUUCUAUGUAUCUAACCUGCAGUGUCCCUGGUACUUUGGGAGGAUCAUCAUUUUGCUCUUUGCCAACUUCCAUCUCUUCUGAAGAAACAUACAAAACCUCUUUGUUCUUGAUCACUAGAUUGGCAUAUUCUACUAAUUCUUUUGGACAUCUGAUAAUGACAUGGCCACUCAUGACCUUCCUGUGGACAACUGACUUUACAGAACCCCCUACUCCAUCUACGGGCCCUUUUCCCAUGGCUAGUUUCAAAGAAGUGCUAUUUUAUUUUCAUUGUUUGGUCAUACUUGGCAAGGAAAGCAUAUACAUCUUUGCUGCGAAAUUGACAUGCUGGCAAUCCUUAUCCCUCUGCCAGUGACACUACACUUUUUAGUUGGCAAUCAUUUGUCCUCUGCCAAUGACACUGCACCUCAUAGUAGGCAAUCCUUUGGCCGCUCCCAAUGACACUACACCUCGUAGUUGGCAAUCAUUUUGCAUCUGCCAAUGACACUACAGCUUAUAUUUGGCAAUCCUUUGUGAAAGGCUUUUGUCCGAAAUUCUUGAUUAGCGAUCGAUUUUCAGCCUGUAGUUGAAUAUUUGUUGCGUCAACCCUAGCAGGCCUCCCAAUUUUGAAUGAGGAAAAAUACUCACCUCAGCACCUGUGUCGACGAGAUAGCGUGUACCAGUGUACUUGUCGUUGACAAAGAAAAGGCGACUGGGUUGGAUGCUGCAAAGGGGGUUAGUCGCUGCUAUUCCUUGGCGGGACCGUUUCCCUGGGCUUGUCUUGAGAAAGAGCAAGGACUGGUGCACUUUUUAGCACUGCUCCCAUGCUUCCAGUUAUACCAGCACUGGGCACCUGCAUGCUGCUCACUGCGAUGUGGGCUGCACGAAACCGACUCGCGCUUGCUCAAAUCUUUCGACUUACUCUGCCGACUGCGACCUCUCUGGUUCUCCAGCAUGGAGCAGGUUAAGGCUUGAACCUACACAGUGAGCCGGGCAACCUGCGCGGAGAGUUGGUCGACUUUAUUAGCUUCUUGCGCUGGGAGUGCAGGAGGCUGCGAUGGCGCCACCUUGGAUAGAGUAUUGGAUAUGCUAGUUCGGUCGGCAACUUUGACAAUUUUGUCCGCUAGCGCCGCUAAGUCCACCAAACUCACCCCAUGGCUUGAUGCGGCUAGGAUGACCUGCACGUUGGUGGGCAAGCGCUGCAAAAAAUAUUUGUCGAAAAAUUGAAUCCUCCAUCGUACUCGUCCCCAUCAAUUGCUGCAUUUGCCGAAGGAGUUGCGAUGGCGAUUUGUCUCCAAGCUCCUCUCCUGACAGGCGAGUGAGCCAAUGACUCUACACCUUAUAUUUGGCAAUCAUUUGGCCUCUGCCAAUGACACUACAUCUUAUAUUUGGCAAUCCUUUGGCCUCUGUCAAUGACACUACACCUAAUAGUUGGCAAUCAUUUGGCCUCUACCAAUUACACUACACCUCAUUGUAGGCAAUCCUUUUGCCUGUGCCUCUGCCAAUGACACGACACCUAAUAAAUGGCAAUCCUUUUGCCUCUGCCAAUGACACUACACCUUAUAUUUGGCAAUCCUUUGGCCUCUGUCAAUGACACUACACCUAAUAGUUGGCAAUCCUUUGGCCUCUGCCAAUGACACUGCACCUCAUAGUAGGCAAUCCCUUUGCCUCUGCCAAUGACACGAAAUCUCAUAGUUGGCAAUCCUUUUGCCUCUGCCAAUGACACUACAUCUUAUAUAUGGCAAUCUUUUGGCGUCCCCCAAGGACCACUCAUAGUUGUCAAUCCUUUUGCAUCUGCCAAUGACACUACACCUCAUAGUUGGCAAUCCUUUUGCAUCUGCCAAUGACACUACACCUUAUAGUUGUCCAUCCUUCUGCCAAUGACACUACACCUCUUAGUUGGCAAUCCUUUUGCCUCUGCCAUUGACACUAAACCUCAUAGUCGGCAAUCUUUUUCUCUCUGCCAAUGACACUACACCUCUUAGUUUAAAAUCCUUUUCUCUCUGCCAAUGACACAACACCUCAUAGUUGGCAAUCCUUUUGCGUUUGUCGAUGACACCAUGCCACUUAGUUGGCAGUCAUUUGGCUUCUGCCAUUGACACUACACCUCUUAGUGGGCAAUCCUUGUAUCUCUGCCAAUGACACUACACCUCUUAGUUGACAAUCCUUUGGCCUCUGUCAAUGAUACUACACCACUUCGUUGACAAUCCUUUUCCCUCUGCCAAAGACACUGAACGUCAUAUUUGGCAAUCAUUUGGCCUUUGCCCAAUGACACUACACCUCAUAGUUGGCAAUCAUUUUGCACCUGCCAUUGACACUACACCUCAUAGUUGGCAAUUCUUCGGCCUCUGUCAGUGACAUUACACCUCAUAUUUGGCAAUCCCUUUGCCUCUGUCAAUGACACCACACCUCAUAGCGUUGGCAAUCAUUUAAUCUCUGUCAAUGACACUACACUUUUAAGUUGGCUAUCGUUUGGCCUUUUUCAAUGGCACUAUACCACAUAGUUGGCAAUCCUUUUGCGUCUGCCAAUAACAUUACACCUUAUAGUUGACAAUAAUUUGGCCUAUGCCAAUGACACUUCACCUCAUAGUCGACAAUCUUUUUCUCUCUGCCAAUGACACUACACCUCAUAGUUGGCAAUCCUUUUGCGUUUGUCGAUGACACCAUGCCACUUAGUUAGCAAUCAUUUGGCUUCUGCCGUUGACACUACACCACACAGUUGGCAAUCCUUUUAUCUCUGCCAAUGACACUACACCUCAUACAUGUAGUUGGCAAUCCUUUUCUCUCUGCUGACACUAUACUUCUUAGUUGGCAAUCCUCUAGCCUCUGCCAAUGAUGCUACACCCCUGUGUUGGCAGUCAUUUGGCCUCUGCCAUUGACACAACAGGCAGAUGAAUACAAGCAGAAAUUGCUUCUUUGUCGACUCAAAAGAGCACAUUUUCGUCCUUGUAGAAAAAUUAACAACUUAACGAACCGAAAUAGAAAAUUUUAGAAAAUAUCCCACCAACACCACCAUCAACUCCAGCAAUAAUCCAAGACCAAAGUUUCACAACUUCAUGCAAUAUGUAAAAUGUUAUUUAAUAUU